UGUAAACAAUCUUUGCGGACAUAUUGAUAGAUAUCGACGGACAAGAAAAGUAAGGAUAGCUGCAAAAGGAAGCGUUAUACAAAAAGAUAUAACCCUUUUUAUUUCGUCAUAACUGAAAAAUAAAGUAGCAAUAUAAUUAAACGUAAAAAAUGGUAAGUCACUUGUACAAAAUUUAUCAAGGAUUGACAAUUUAUCAAUUAAUGAUCUAUUAAUGUUUGUAUUACUCAUUAUGACUGAUUCGAGUUUACUUAAAAUUGACGGAUAGCGUGAGUGUCUAUCAGUGCACGUAGGACAAGGUGGAGUUCAGAUUGGUAAUGCCUGUUGGGAAUUAUACUGUUUGGAACAUGGAAUUCAACCCGAUGGGCAAAUGCCCUCAGAUAAAACAGUUGGAGGAGGGGACGACAGUUUCAAUACGUUUUUUAGCGAAACAGGUGCAGGAAAACACGUUCCAAGAGCUGUUUUUAUGGAUUUAGAACCUACUGUAGUAGAUGAAGUACGUACAGGAACUUACAGGCAACUCUUUCAUCCGGAACAACUGAUCACAGGGAAAGAGGACGCAGCAAAUAAUUAUGCAAGAGGUCAUUAUACCGUAGGCAAGGAAAUUGUAGAUUUGGUAUUAGAUCGAUUACGCAAAUUAGCUGAUCAAUGUACGGGACUCCAAGGAUUUCUUAUUUUUCACGCUUUUGGUGGUGGUACCGGAUCCGGAUUUACCAGCCUUUUGAUGGAACGAUUAUCUGUUGAUUACGGAAAAAAAUCAAAACUUGAAUUUGCUAUCUAUCCGUCGCCCCAGAUAUGCACGGCGAUAGUCGAGCCAUACAAUUCUUUACUAACUACUCAUACGACUCUCGAGCAUUCAGACGCCGCUUUUAUGGUAGACAAUGAAGCGAUUUACGAUAUCUGCCGGCGUAAUCUCGACAUAGAGAGGCCAACUUAUACAAAUCUGAACCGUUUGAUCGGCCAGAUUGUUUCUUCUAUUACUGCGUCUUUGCGUUUCGAUGGUGCCCUGAACGUUGACCUUACCGAAUUUCAAACGAAUUUGGUACCUUAUCCCCGAAUUCAUUUUCCACUUGCCACUUACGCACCGGUUAUCUCGGCCGAAAAAGCGUAUCAUGAACAGUUGACUGUAGCAGAGUUGACUAAUGCUUGCUUCGAGCCGGCUAACCAAAUGGUAAAAUGCGAUCCACGACAUGGUAAAUACAUGGCUUGCUGCAUGUUGUAUAGAGGUGAUGUUGUGCCGAAGGAUGUAAAUGCCUCGAUUGCUACUAUCAAAACCAAACGUACUAUACAAUUCGUUGAUUGGUGUCCAACUGGAUUUAAGGUCGGUAUAAAUUAUCAACCACCUACGGUUGUACCUGGCGGCGAUCUCGCCAAAGUUCAACGCGCGAUUUGCAUGCUGGCUAAUACGACCGCCAUCGCCGAAGCAUGGAGUAGACUCAAUCACAAAUUUGACGUUAUGUACUCGAAACGUGCUUUUGUACAUUGGUACGUAGGAGAAGGUAUGGAAGAAGGUGAGUUUUCAGAAGCACGAGAAGAUCUAGCAGCAUUGGAAAAGGAUUAUGAAGAAGUUGGUUUGGAUUCGGUUGAGGGUGAGGGCGAAGGAGGAGAGGAAUAUUAAUUUAUUAUUAAUCUAGAAAACUGUCUAAUCUAGAAUGCUAAAGAAUUCUCUAUUAAAUUAAAUAAUGUUACUCUUUGAUAAUAUUAUUCUGGUCGUAAUAAAAGCAUUGAAAAAUUAGUACAAUUAAAAGAUUACGCGCAUAACUAAAUAUUUGUGUUGUACCAACAAAACACUGGUAUAUUUUUUACAUAAACAGCAAAAAAUCUUCAUCAAUGAAUUGAUCUAUCUCAUUAUUUCUUUAUGAUGAUCUUUUUAUGUUCGAUGACAGUACGAGGUCCAUCCACAUUUCGCUGCACUUUAAAUACUACCAAUAUCUUUUUUGGUAUACAUUCAUUGAUAUUACAAGUUAUAAUAUCCAAAAUAAAGCGUAAAUUAUUACAUUCAGAACCAUCAGGAAUUUGAAUUGACGUUGGUGUUGUAAGCGAGCCGCUCAGAGAUUUGGCCAUCCAAGUAUCUUUUGGUAACGAGAGUGACCAUUUUUGAGGUGCUUCAGAAUUUAGUUUCAAAUCACCUUCAAAUAUAAUUUCGAAUGUGAUUGUAAGCUUUCCCCCAUUUGCAUUUAUAAGCGUAUCAAAAGUAUACUCUUCAUUAACAUUAUCAUCAUCUUCGACUGGGAGAACGAAGGAAAUCUAAAAAAUUACGAAUAAAUAUUAAAUUAUGAAUAAAAAUUACAAUUAAUCUUGAUUAGUUUAUUAUCAAUUUUAUACUCACGGACGAAAUGGUUUUACUCUUUAAAUCGAUCUUUUUAAUGGAAUGAUUGUUCGUAUCUGCUACAUAUAAAGUGUCCCCACUGUUAUUUAUCACAAGUCCGCUUGGUUCAUCAAACUAGAAGAUUAUAUUUUCAAUAAAACAUGUUCCUAUGCAAAAAAAUUUGUAACAUAUAAAAUAGAUCAACUAUCUCUUACAGAGAACGUAUCACUUGGCUUGCCAGCACCAUACAAUGUUUUACAAUUUCCUGCGAGAUCUACUUUUUUAAUUUUGUGAUUAUAAGUAUCUGCUAUAUAAAUUUCUUGUUGAACAGAAUUCCAUGUUAUUCCUAAAGGAUGUUGAAGUUUUGCAUUAUGACGAAUACCAUCGAUAUCUCCGAAGUCAUGUAAGUUCUGAAAAAGAAUUCACAUAAUUUCUAUUAAGAAUUACUCGUUAAAAACAUAGUCACUAUAUUGUAUCAUAUAAUUAACCUGUGGAUUCUUGUCAGCACCACAUAAUGUAGAAACUUUCCCAUCUUCUAAGUGAACCUGUCUGAUACUACUACUUUCGCUAUCAGCAAAAAAUGCAGUAUUAUACUCUUGAGCAAUUACGAGACCAGAUGGUUGAGCCAAGGAUGCUGCAUGAGGAUACGAAUUAUUACGAUUUCCUUCUCGACCGUUUCCAACAAUAGCAGCGCAUGUACCAGCUUUGUAUAAUCUGUUAAAUAAAUAAUGAAAUCUGUUAAAUAAAUAGUAAAAUAAGAAAAAAAGAUGGUAAUUGAAUGAAAUGAAUAUUUCAUUCCAAAUAUAAAAUGCUAAACUUAUUUUACUUAUUUUUCCACCAAAUAGUAUCUUCUAAAAAGAGUGCCCAAAUCUGAUGUGUGCCUGCAAUUGCAAUUAGUAAAAUCGGUACAACAGCUUUGCCACUAUUAUAAUGAUAUAUUGUCACAUCCCAAGGAGAAGAAAGUGUUUGAUCUGUACCAAAUUUUCCUCCUUUAUAAUCAUGACCUUGUUUUCCUGUGCCUGCCACGGUAGUCACAAUUUGUUUUUUCAAAUCAAUCUAAAAUAGAUGUGUAUUAUUCAUAAUAAAAGAAAUCAUAGAAUGUUUAUAAAGUUACAUAAAUUUAAUAUAAAUUAAAAAUAAAUUCGUAUUAAAAUUACCUUUCGAAUAACAUGAUUUUCAUUAUCAGCAACAUAUAUCAUCUCAUUGAG